AUGUUGUGGUAUAUAGCAUAUCUAUUGUUAGCCUAUUUCGUUUACGAAAAAGCAAUCAAACAAUAUUACUACUUGACUCCAACAUAAACUAUAAUUUUCAAUGAUCCCAAAUUAGUUGAAGAGAUUUACACAACUAAAUCCAAAUUUGUGGAUAAGCAUAGUUAGUUCUAGGAAAUUUUUGAUGAUAUACUUGGAAUGUCAAUAGCGUUUUAGAAAUCAACUUAAGAAUGGGCGGAUAAGAGAAAACAUCUGUCUUCUGCAUUUUACAAGGACAAGAUAUUAUAAAUUCUCAAAAAAGCUACAGGCAUAACUUAUUAAAAGGUUUAAACAUGGAAAGAGAAACUGAAGAAUAGCGAUGAUAGCAAGCAAUUAAUUGUAUUGAAUAAUGAAGUGUAAGAGUUGCUUGACUAAGUAAUUAGUAUCUCCAUCUUUGGACAAGGAAAUUAAAGAACAACUAUUCCUUACUAUAUUAAUGGCAAGCCAACACAAAUGGUUCCUGGACACUUUAUGAGAACAGUAAUAAAUUAUACCUUUAAGAAACUUUAAAAUCCAUUUAGGAUUGGAAAUGAUUUGUUUAAUAAGAUUUCUCUCAAUGCUUAGGAAAGAGAGACGAGAAAUAAUUGUAUAAGAUUCAGAGAAUAUGUCUAAUAAAUCCUAGAUAUUAGAAGAAUGGAAAUGAAAGAACCAGAUUAUGCCCCUUAAACUGACUUCUUAACAAUGAUUUUAUAAAAUCCAUUCUUUGAAGGAAAGGACAAGACCAUUGUUGAUGAGUGCUGCAAUUUCUUUUCAGCUUCGAAUGUUACUACUUCAACCACUAUAACUAAUCUCUUAUUCUAUCUCAUUAGAAACAAAAAUAUCUCAAAGAAAAUCAGAGAGGAAUGCAAAUAAGAUCUUAAAAUAUAAGAUUUUUCUCAGGUAAAUUGUGAGUAGUGGUAAAAUUUAGCCACCUAUGAGGCUCUUAAUGAUUGCAAUUUUCUCUAGUACUGCAUAAUGGAGACAUUAAGAUAUGAUGCUCCAGUCCCAGUUUCAGGCAUUCAUGUUUUUUUGGAAGAUACAAAAAUUGGAAACUAUUAUAUUAAAAAAGAAUCAACAUGGCACAUUAAUAUGAAUGCACUACAUUUUAAUCCUGAAGAAUGGAUCAGACCCGAGGAAUUUAUUCCAGAAAGAUUUGAUCCUAACAAUCCUCUCUACCUGACACCUAAAGGUACUAAGCGACAUGCUAUGUCAUUUGGACCAUUCCUUGGAGGGAAAAGAAUCUGUCUUGGAAAAACUUUUGCAGAGAGUUUGAUUAAAUGUCUUUCGAUAGUGAUUAUCAACUCAAUUGAUUUUGAAUUUGAGGAUAAAGACUUGCUUGAUAGGAAACCCUUCAAUUCAUUUCUCUAUGAUGAGCCUGAAUAUCUUGUCAGGUUAAAGCCAUUAGACAAUUGA